AUGGGUCGGGCGGGCAGCAUGGGUUGGGCGGGCAGCAUGGGUUGGGCGGGCAGCAUGGGUCGGGCGGGCAGCAUGGGUUGGGCGGGCAGCAUGGGUUGGGCGGGCAGCAUGGAUUGGGCGGGCAGCAUGGGUUGGGCGGGGCAGCAUGGGUUGGGCGGGCAGCAUGGGUUGGGCGGGCAGCAUGGGUUGGGCGGGCAGCAUGGGUUGGGCGGGCAGCAUGGGUCGGGCGGGCAGCAUGGGUCGGGCGGGCAGCAUGGGUUGGGCGGGCAGCAUGGGUCGGGCGGGCAGCAUGGGUUGGGCGGGCAGCAUGGGUUGGGCGGGCAGCAUGGAUUGGGCGGGCAGCAUGGGUUGGGCGGGCAGCAUGGGUUGGGCGGGCAGCAUGGGUUGGGCGGGCAGCAUGGGUCGGGCGGGCAGCAUGGGUUGGGGCGGGCAGCAUGGGUUGGGCGGGCAGCAUGGGUCGGGCGGGCAGCAUGGGUUGGGGCGGGCAGCAUGGGUUGGGCGGGCAGCAUGGGUUGGGCGGGCAGCAUCGGUAGGGCGGGCAGCAUGGGUUGGGCGGGCAGCAUGGGUUGGGCGGGCAGCAUGGGUUGGGCGGGCAGCAUGGGUUGGGCGGGCAGCAUGGGUUGGGCGGGCAGCAUGGGUUGGGCGGGCAGCAUGGGUUGGGGCGGGCAGCAUGGGUUGGGCGGGCAGCAUGGGUUGGGCGGGCAGCAUGGGUUGGGCGGGCAGCAUGGGUUGGGCGGGCAGCAUGGGUUGGGCGGGCAGCAUGGGUCGGGCGGGCAGCAUGGGUCGGGCGGGCAGCAUGGGUUGGGCGGGCAGCAUGGAUUGGGCGGGCAGCAUGGGUUGGGCGGGCAGCAUGGGUCGGGCGGGCAGCAUGGGUUUGGCGGGCAGCAUGGGUUGGGCGGGCAGCAUGGGUUGGGCGGGCAGCAUGGGUUGGGCGGGCAGCAUGGGUUGGGCGGGCAGCAUGGUUGGGCGGGCAGCAUGGGUUGGGCGGGCAGCAUGGGUUGGGCGGGCAGCAUGGGUUGGGCGGGCAGCAUGGGUUGGGCGGGCAGCAUGGGUUGGGGCGGGGCAGCAUGGGUUGGGCGGGCAGCAUGGGUUGGGCGGGCAGCAUGGGUUGGGCGGGCAGCAUGGGUUGGGCGGGCAGCAUGGGUUGGGCGGGCAGCAUGGGUUGGGCGGGCAGCAUGGGUUGGGCGGGCAGCAUGGGUUCCGGGCGGGCAGCAUGGGUCGGGCGGGCAGCAUGGGUUUGGGCGGGCAGCAUGGGUUGGGCGGGCAGCAUGGGUUGGGCGGGCAGCAUGGGUUGGGCGGGCAGCAUGGGUUGGGCGAGCAGCAUGGGUUUGGCGGGCAGCAUGGGUUGGGGCGGGCAGCAUGGGUUGGGCGGGCAGCAUGGGUUGGGCGGGCAGCAUGGGUUGGGCGGGCAGCAUGGGUUGGGCGGGCAGCAUGGGUUGGGCGGGCAGCAUGGGUCGGGCGGGCAGCAUGGGUCGGGCGGGCAGCAUGGUUUGGGCGGGCAGCAUGGGUUGGGCGGGCAGCAUGGGUUGGGCGGGCAGCAUGGGUUGGGCGGGCAGCAUGGUUGGCGGGCAGCAUGGUCGGGCAGCAUGGGUUGGGCGGGCAGCAUGGGUUGGGCGGGCAGCAUGGGUUGGGCGGGCAGCAUGGGUCGGGCGGGCAGCAUGGGUUGGGCGGGCAGCAUGGGUUGGGCGGGCAGCAUGGGUUGGGCGGGCAGCAUGGGUUGGGCGGGCAGCAUGGGUUGGGCGGGCAGCAUGGGUUGGGCGGGCAGCAUGGGUUGGGGCGGGCAGCAUGGGUUGGGCGGGCAGCAUGGGUUGGGCGGGCAGCAUGGGUUGGGCGGGCAGCAUGGGUUGGGCAGGCAGCAUGGGUUGGGCGGGCAGCAUGGGUUGGGCGGGCAGCAUGGGUCGGGCGGGCAGCAUGGGUUGGGGCGGGCAGCAUGGGUUGGGCGGGCAGCAUGGGUUGGGGCGGGCAGCAUGGGUUGGGCGGGCAGCAUGGGUUGGGCGAGCAGCAUGGGUCGGGCGGGCAGCAUGGGUUUGGGCGGGCAGCAUGGGUUGGGCGGGCACAUGGUUGGGCGGGCAGCAUGGGUUGGGCGGGCAGCAUGGGUUGGGCGGGCACAUGGGUUGGGCGCGAGCAGCAUGGGUUGGGGCGUGCAGCAUGGGUUGGGCGGGCACCAUGGGUUGGGCGGGCAGCAUGGGUUGGGCGGGCAGCAUGGGUUGGGCGGGCAGCAUGGGUUGGGCGGGCAGCAUGGGUCGGGCGGGCAGCAUGGGUUGGGCGGGCAGCAGUGGGUUGGGCGGGCAGCAUGGGUGUGGGCGGGCAGCAUGGGUUGGGCGGGCAGAUGGUUGGGCGAGCAGCAUGGGUCGGGCGGGCAGCAUGGGUUGGGCGGGCAGCAUGGGUUGGGCGGCAGCAUGGGGUCGGGCGGGCAGCAUGGGUUGGGCGGGCAGCAUGGUUGGGCGGGCAGCAUGGGUUUGGGCGGGCAGCAAUGGGUUGGGCGGGCAGCAUGGGUUGGGCGAGCAGCAUGGGUUGGGCGGGCAGCAUGGGGUUGGGCGGGCAGCAUGGGUUGGGGCGGGCAGCAUGGGUUGGGCGGGCAGCAUGGGUGGGGCGGGCAGCAUGGGUUGGGCGGAGCAGCAUGGGUUGGGCGGGCAGCAUGGGUCGGGCGGGCAGCAUGGGUUCGGGCGGGCAGCAUGGGUUGGGGCGGGCAGCAUGGGUUGGGCGGGCAGCAUGGGUUGGGCGGGCAGCAUGGGUUGGGCGGGGCAGCAUGGGUCGGGCGGGCAGCAUGGGGUCGGGCGGGCAGCAUGGGUUGGGCGGGCAGCAUGGGGUUGGGCGGGCAGCAUGGGUUGGGCGGGCAGCAUGGGUCGGGCGGGCAGCAUGGGUUGGGCGGGCAGCAUGGGUUGGGCGGGCAGCAUGGGUUGGGCGGGCAGCAUGGGUUUGGGCGGGGCAGCAUGGGUUGGGCGGGCAGCAUGGGUUGGGCGGGCAGCAUGGGUUGGGCGGGGCAGCAUGGGUUGGGCGGGCAGCAUGGGUUGGGGCGGGCAGCAUGGGUUGGGCGGGCAGCAUGGGUUGGGCGGGCAGCAUGGGUUGGGCGGGCAGCAUGGGUUUGGCGGGCACAUGGGUUGGGCGGGCAGCAUGGGUUGGGCGGGCAGCAUGGGUUGGGCGGGCGGGCAGCAUGGGGUUGGGCGGGCAGCAUGGGUCGGCGGGCAGCAUGUGUUGGGCGGGCAGCAUGGGUUGGGCGGGCAGCAUGGGUUGGGCGGGCAGCAUGGGUUGGGGCGGGCAGCAUGGGUUGGGCGGGCAGCAAUGGGUUGGGCGGGCAGCAUGGGGUUGGGCGGGCAGCAUGGGUUGGGCGGGCAGCAUGGGUUGGGCGGGCAGCUGGGUUGGGGCGGGCAGCAUGGGUUGGGCGCGCAGCAUGGGUUGGGCGGGCAAGCAUGGGUUGGGCGGGCAGCAUGGGUUGGGCGGGCAGCAUGGGUUGGGCGGGCAGCAUGGGUCGGGCGGGCAGCAUGGGUUGGGCGGGCAGCAUGGGUUGGGCGGGCAGCAUGGGUUGGGCGGGCAGCAUGGGUUGGGCGGGCAGCAUGGGUUGGGCGGGCAGCAUGGGUUGGGGGCGGGCAGCAUGGGUUGGGCGGCAGCAUGGGUCGGGCGGGCAGCAUGGGUCGGGCGGGCAGCAUGGGUUGGGCGGGCAGCAUGGGUUGGGCGGGCAGCAUGGGUUGGCGGGCAGCAUGGGUUGGGCGGGCAGCAUGGGUUGGGCGGGCAGCAUGGGUUGGGCGGGCAGCAUGGGGUUGGGGCGGGCAGCAUGGGUUGGGCGGGCAGCAUGGGUUGGGCGGGCAGCAUGGGUUGGGCGGGCAGCAUGGGUUGGGCGGGCAGCAUGGGCUGGGCGGGCAGCAUGGGUUGGGCGGGCAGCAUGGGUUGGGGCGGGCAGCAUGGGUUGGGCGGGCAAGCAUGGGCUGGGCGGGCAGCAUGGGUUGGGCCGGGCAGCAUGGGUUGGGCGGGCAGCAUGGGUUGGGCGGGCAGCAUGGGUUGGGCGGGCAGCAUGGGUUGGGCGGGCAGCAUGGGUUGGGCGGGCAGCAUGGGUUGGGGGCGGGCAGCAUGGGUUGGGCGGGCAGCAUGGGUUGGGCGGGCAGCAUGGGUUGGGCGGGCAGCAUGGGUUGGGCGGGCAGCAUGGGUUGGGGCGGGCAGCAUGGGUUGGGCGGGCAGCAUGGGUUGGGCGGGCAGCAUGGGUUGGGCGGGCAGCAUGGGUUGGGCGGGCAGCAUGGGUUGGGCGGGCAGCAUGGGUUGGGCGGGCAGCAUGGGUUGGGCGGGCAGCAUGGGUUGGGCGGGCAGCAUGGGUUGGGCGGGCAGCAUGGGUUGGGCGGGCAGCAUGGGUCGGGCGGGCAGCAUGGGUCGGGCGGGCAGCAUGGGUCGGGCGGGCAGCAUGGGUUGGGCGGGCAGCAUGGGUUGGGCGGGCAGCAUGGGUCGGGCGGGCAGCAUGGGUUGGGCGGGCAGCAUGGGUUGGGCGGGGCAGCAUGGGUCGGGCGGGCAGCAUGGGUUGGGCGGGCAGCAUGGGUUGGGCGGGCAGCAUGGGUUGGGCGGGCAGCAUGGGUUGGGCGGGCAGCAUGGGUGGGCGGGCAGCAUGGGUUGGGCGGGCAGCAUGGGUCGGGCGGGCAGCAUGGGUUGGGCGGGCAGCAUGGGUUGGGCGGGCAGCAUGGGUCGGGCGGGCAGCAUGGGUUGGGCGGGCAGCAUGGGUUGGGGCGGGCAGCAUGGGUUGGGCGGGCAGCAUGGGUUGGGCGGGCAGCAUGGGUCGGGCAGGCAGCAUGGGUCGGGCGGGCAGCAUGGGUUGGGCGGGCAGCAUGGGUUGGGCGGGCAGCAUGGGUAGGGCGGGCAGCAUGGGUUGGGCGGGCAGCAUGGGUUGGGCGGAGCAGCAUGGGUCGGGCGGGCAGCAUGGGUUGGGCGGGCAGCAUGGGUCGUGCGGGCAGCAUGGGUUGGGCGGGCAGCAUGGGUUGGGCGGGCAGCAUGGGUUGGGCGGGCAGCAUGGGUUGGGCGGGCAGCAGCAUGGGUCGGGCGGGCAGCAUGGGUUGGGCGGGCAGCAAGGGUCGGGCGGGCAGCAUGGGUUGGGCGGGCAGCAUGGGUUGGGCGGGCAGCAUGGGUUGGGCGGGCAGCAUGGGUCGGGCGGGCAGCAUGGGUCGGGCGGGCAGCAUGGGUUGGGCGGGCAGCAUGGGUCGGGCGGGCAGCAUGGGUCGGGCGGGCAGCAUGGGUUGGGCGGGCAGCAUGGGUUGGGCGGGCAGCAUGGGUCGGGCGGGCAGCAUGGGUUGGGCGGGCAGCAUGGGUUGGGCGGGCAGCAUGGGUUUGGGGGCGGGCAGCAUGGGUUGGGCGGGCAGCAUGGGUUGGGCGGGCAGGCAUGGGUUGGGCGGGCAGCAUGGGUUGGGCGGGCAGCAUGGGGUCGGGCAGGCAGCAUGGGUCGGGCGGGCAGCAUGGGUUGGGCGGGCAGCAUGGGUUGGGCGGGCAGCAUGGGUCGGGCAGGCAGCAUGGGUCGGGCGGGCAGCAUGGGUUGGGCGGGCAGCAUGGGUUGGGCGGGCAGCAUGGGUAGGGCGGGCAGCAUGGGUUGGGCGGGCAGCAUGGGUUGGGCGGGCAGCAUGGGUUGGGCGGGCAGCAUGGGUUGGGCGGGCAGCAUGGGUCGGGCGGGCAGCAUGGGUCGGGCGGGCAGCAUGGGUUGGGCGGGCAGCAUGGGUUGGGCGGGCAGCAUGGGUUGGGCGGGCAGCAUGGGUUGGGCGGGCAGCAUGGGUUGGGCGGGCAGCAUGGGUUGGGCGGGCAGCAUGGGUUGGGCGGGCAGCAUGGGUUGGGCGGGCAGCAUGGGUCGGGCGGGCAGCAUGGUUGGGCGGGCAGCAUGGGUUGGGCGGGACAGCAUGGGGUUGGGCGGGCAGCAUGGGUCGGGCGGCAGCAUGGGUUGGGCGGGCAGCAUGGGUUGGGCGGGCAGCAUGGGUUGGGCGGGCAGCAUGGGUUGGGCGGGCAGCAUGGGUUGGGCGGGCAGCAUGGGUUGGGGCGGGCAGCAUGGGUUGGGCGGGCAGCAUGGGUUGGGCGGGCAGCAUGGGUUGGGCGGGCAGCAUGGGUUGGGCGGGCAGCAUGGGUUGGGCGGGCAGCAUGGGUCGGGCGGGCAGCAUGGGUCGGGCGGGCAGCAUGGGUUGGGCGGGCAGCAUGGGUCGGGCGGGCAGCAUGGGUCGGAGCGGGCAGGCACAUGGGUCGGGCGGGCAGCAUGGGUUGGGCGGACAGCAUGGGUUGGGCGGGCAGCAUGGGUUGGGCGGGCAGCAUGGGUUGGGCGGGCAGCAUGGUUGGGCGGGCAGCAUGGGUUGGGCGGGCAGCAUGGGUUGGGCGGGCAGCAUGGUUUGGGCGGGCAGCAUGGGUUGGGCGGGCAGCAUGGGUUGGGCGGGCAGCAUGGGUUGGGCGGGCAGCAUGGGUCGGGCGGGGCAGCAUGGGUUGGGCGGGCAGCAUGGGUUGGGCGGGCAGCAUGGGUUGGGCGGGCAGCAUGGGUCGGGCGGGCAGCAUGGGUCGGGCGGGCAGCAUGGGUUGGGCGGGCAGCAUGGGUUGGGCGGGCAGCAUGGGUGGGGGCGGCAGCAUGGGUCGGGCGGGUGGCAGCAUGGGUCGGGCGGGCAGCAUGGGUCGGGCGGGCAGUAUGGGUUGGGCGGGGCAGCAUGGGUUGGGCGGGCAGCAUGGGUCGGGCGGGCAGCAUGGGUUGGGCGGGCAGCCAUGGGUAGGGCGGCAGCAUGGGUUGGGCGGGCAGCAUGGGUUUGGGCGAGCAGCAUGGGUUGGGCGGGCAGCAUGGGUUGGGGGCGGGCAGCAUGGGUUGGGCGGAGCAGCAUGGGUUGGGCGGGCAGCAUGGGUUGGGCGGGCAGCAUGGGUCGGGCGGCCAGCAUGGGUUUGGGCGGGCAGCAUGGGUUGGGCGGGCAGCAUGGGUCGGGGCGGGCAGCAUGGGUCGGGCGGGCAGCAUGGGUUUGGGCGGGCAGCAUGGGUUGGGGCGGGCAGCAUGGGUCGUGCGGGCAGCAUGGGUCGGGCGGGCAAGCAUGGGUUGGGCGGGCAGCAUGGGUUGGGCGGGCAGCAGGGUCGGACGGGCAGCAUGGGUCGGGCGGGCAGCAUGGGUUGGGCGGGCAGCAUGGGUGGGGGCGGGCAGCAUGGGUUGGGGCGGGCAGCAUGGGUUGGGCGGGCAGCAUGGGUCGGGCGGGCAGGCAUGGGUUGGGCGGGCAGCAUGGGUUGGGCGGGCAGCAUGGGUUGGGCGGGCAGCAUGGGUUGGGCGGGCAGCAUGGGUUGGGCGGGCAGCAUGGGUUGGGCGGGCAGCAUGGGUUGGGCGGGCAGCAUGGGUUGGGCGGGCAGCAUGGGUUGGGCGGGCAGCAUGGGUUGGGCGGGCAGCAUGGGUUGGGGCGGGCAGCAUGGGUUGGGCGGGCAGCAUGGCAUGGGUUGGGCGGGCAGCAUGGGUGGGGCGGGCAGCAUGGGUUGGGCGGGCAGCAUGGGUUGGGGCGGGCAGCAUGGGUCCGAGCGGGCAGGCAUGGGUCGGCGUGCAGCAUGGGUUGGGCCGGGCAGCAUGGGUUGGGCGGGCAGCAUGGGUUGGGCGGGCAGCAUGGGUCGGGCGGGCAGCAUGGGUUGGGCGGGCAGCAUGGGUCCGGGCGGGCAGCAUGGGUCGGGCGGGCAGCAUGGGUUGGGCCGGGCAGCAUGGGUCCGGGCGGGCAGCAUGGGUCCGGGCGGGCAGCAUGGGUUGGGCGGGCAGCAUGGGUUGGGCGAGCAGCAUGGGUUGGCGGGCAGCAUGGUUUGGGCGGGCAGCAUGGGUUGGGCGGGCAGCAUGGGUUGGGCGGGAAGCAUGGGUUGGGCGGGCAGCAUGGGUUGGGCGGGCAGCAUGGGUUGGGCGGGCAGCAUGGGUUGGGCGGGCAGCAUGGGUCGGGCGGGCAGCAUGGGUCGGGCGGGCAGCAUGGGUCGGGCGGGCAGCAUGGGUUGGGCGGGCAGCAUGGGUGGGGCGGGCAGCAUGGUUGGGCGGGCAGCAUGGGUUGGGCGGGGCAGCAUGGGUUGGGCGGGCAGCAAUGGGUUGGGCGGGCAGCAUGGGUUGGGGCGGGCAGCAUGGGUUGGGGCGGGCAGCAUGGGUUCGGCGGGCAGCAUGGGUUGGGCGGGCAGCAUGGGUUCGGCGGGCAGCAUGGGUUCGGGCGGGCAGCAUGGUUCGGGCGGGCAGCAUGGGUUCGGGCGGGCAGCAUGGGUUCGGGCGGGCAGCAUGGGUCGGGCGGGCAGCAUGGGUUUGGGCGGGCAGCAUGGGUUGGGGCGGGCAGCAUGGGUUGGGCGGGCAGCAUGGGUUGGGCGGGCAGCAUGGGGUUGGGCGGGCAGCAUGGUUGGGGGGGCGGGCAGCAUGGGUUGGGCGGGCAGCAUGGGUUGGGCGGGCAGCAUGGGUUGGGCGGAGCAGCAUGGGUUGGGCGGGCAGCAUGGGUUGGGCGGGGGGUGGCAGGCAUGGGUUGGGCGGGCAGCAUGGGUUGGGCGGGCACAUGGGUUGGGCGUGCAGCAUGGGUUGGGCGGGCACAUGGGUUGGGCGGGCAGCAUGGGUUGGGCGGGCAGCAUGGGUUGGGCGGGCAGCAUGGGUUGGGCGGGCAGCAUGGGUUGGGCGGGCAGCAUGGGUCGGGCGGGCAGCAUGGGUCGGGCGGGCAGCAUGGGUCGGGCGGGCAGCAUGGGUUGGGCGGGCAGCAUGGGUUGGGCGGGCAGCAUGGGUUGGGCGGGCAGCAUGGGUUGGGCGGGCAGCAUGGGUUGGGCGGGCAGCAUGGGUCGGGCGGGCAGCAUGGGUUGGGCGGGCAGCAUGGGUUGGGCGGGCAGCAUGGGUCGGGCGGGCAGCAUGGGUUGGGCGGGCAGCAUGGGUUGGGCGGGCAGCAUGGGUUGGGCGGGCAGCAUGGGUUGGGCGGGCAGCAUGGGUUGGGCGGGCAGCAUGGGUUGGGCGGGCAGCAUGGGUUGGGCGGGCAGCAUGGGUUGGGCGGGCAGCAUGGGUUGGGCGGGCAGCAUGGGCUGGGCGGGCAGCAUGGGUUGGGCGGGCAGCAUGGUUGGGCGGGCAGCAUGGGUCGGGCGGGCAGCAUGGGUCGGGCGGGCAGCAUGGGUUGGGCGGGCAGCAUGGGUUGGGCGGGCAGCAUGGGUUGGGCGGGCAGCAUGGGUUGGGCGGGCAGCAUGGGUUGGGCGGGCAGCAUGGGUUGGGCGGGCAGCAUGGGUUGGCGGGCAGCAUGGGUCGGGCGGGCAGCAUGGGUCGGGCGGGCAGCAUGGGUUGGGGCGGGCAGCAUGGGUUGGGCGGCAGCAUGGGGUUGGGCGGGCAGCAUGGGUUGGGCGGGCAGCAUGGGUUGGGCGGGCAGCAUGGGUUGGGCGGGCAGCAUGGGUUGGGCGGGCAGCAUGGGUUGGGCGGGCAGCAUGGGUUGGUGCGGGCAGCAUGGGUUGGGCGGGCAGCAUGGGUUGGGCGGGCAGCAUGGGUCGGGCGGGCAGCAUGGGGACGGAGCGGGCAGCAUGGGUUGGGCGGGCAGCAUGGGUUGGGCGGGCAGCAUGGGUUGGGCGGGCAGCAUGGGUUUGGGCGGGCAGGCAUGGAUUGGUGGGCGGGCAGCAUGGGUUGGGCGGGCAGCAUGGGUUGGGCGGGCAGCAUGGGUUGGGGCGGGCACCAUGGGUUGGGCGGGCAGCAUGGGUUGGGCGGGCAGCAUUGGGUUGGGCGGGCAGCAUGGGUCGGGCGGGCAGCAUGGGUUGGGCGGGCAGCAUGGGUUGGGCGGGCAGCAUGGGUUGGGCGGGCAGCAUGGGUUGGGCGGGCAGCAUGGGUCGGGCGGGCAGCAUGGGUCGGGCGGGAAGCAUGGGUCGGCGGGCAGCAUGGGUUGGGGCGGGCAGCAUGGGUUGGGCGGGCAGCAUGGGUUGGGCGGGCAGCAUGGCAUGGGUUGGGGCGGCAGCAUGGGUUGGGCGGGCAGCAUGGGUUGGGCGGGCAGCAUGGGUUGGGCGGGCAGCAUGGGUUGGGCGGGCAGCAUGGGUUGGGCGGGCAGCAUGGGUUGGGCGGGGCAGCAUGGGUUGGGCGGGCAGCAUGGGUUGGGCGGGCAGCAUGGGUUGGGGCGGGCAGCAUGGGUUGGGCGGGCAGCAUGGGUUGGCGGGCAGCAUGGGUCGGGCGGGCAGCAUGGGUCGGGCAGGCAGCAUGGGUUGGGCGGGCAGCAUGGGUUGGGCGGGCAGCAUGGGUUGGGCGGGCAGCAUGGGUUGGGCGGGCAGCAUGGGUUGGGCGGGCAGCAUGGGUUGGGCGGGCAGCAUGGGUCGGGGCGGGCAGCAUGGGUCGGGCGGGCAGCAUGGGGUCGGGCGGGCAGCAUGGGUCGGGCGGGCAGCAUGGGUUGGGCGGGCAGCAUGGGUCGGGCGGGCAGCAUGGGUCGGGCGGGCAGCAUGGGUCGGGCGGGCAGCAUGGGUUGGGCGGGCAGCAUGGGUUGGGCGGGCAGCAUGGGUUGGGCGGGCAGCAUGGGUUGGGCGGGGCAGCAUGGGUUGGGCGGGCAGCAUGGGUCGGGCGGGCAGCAUGGGUCGGGCGGGCAGCAUGGGUUGGGCGGGCAGCAUGGGUUGGGCGAGGCAGCAUGGGUUGGGCGGGCAGCAUGGGUUGGGCGGGCAGCAUGGGUUGGGCGGGCAGCAUGGGUUUGGGGCGGGCAGCAUGGGUUGGGCGGGCAGCAUAGGUUGGGCGGGCAGCAUGGGUUGGGCGGGCAGCAUGGGUUGGGCGGGCAGCAUGGGUCGGGCGGGCAGGCAUGGGACGGGCGGGGCAGCAUGGGUUGGGCGGGCAGCAUGGGUUGGGCGGGCAGCAUGGGUUUGGGCGGGCAGCAGGGGUUGGGCGGGCAGCAUGGGUUGGGCGGGCAGCAUGGGUCGGGGCGGGCAGCAUGGGUCGGGCGGGCAGCAUGGGUUGGGCGGGCAGCAUGGGUUGGGCGGGCAGCAUGGGUUGGGCGGGCAGCAUGGGUUGGGCGGGCAGCAUGGGUCGGGCGGGCAGCAUGGGUCGGGCGGGCAGCAUGGGUUGGGCGGGCAGCAUGGGUUGGGCGGGCAGCAUGGGUUGGGCGGGCAGCAUGGGUUGGGCGGGCAGCAUGGGCUGGGCGGGCAGCAUGGGCUGGGCGGGCAGCAUGGGUCGGGGCGGGCAGCAUGGGUUGGGCGGGCAGCAUGGGGUCGGGCGGGCAGCAUGGGUCGGGCGGGCAGCAUGGGUUGGGCGGGCAGCAUGGGUUGGCGGGCAGCAUGGGUUGGGGCGGGCAGCAUGUGUUGGGCGGGCAGCAUGGGUCGGGCGGGCAGCAUGGGUUGGGCGGGCAGCAUGGGUCGGGCGGGCAGCAUGGGUCGGGCGGGCAGCAUGGGUUGGGCGGGCAGCAUGGGUCGGGCGGGCAGCAUGGGUCGGGCGGGCAGCAUGGGUCGGGGCGGGCAGCAUGGGUUGGGCGGGCAGCAUGGGUUGGGCGGGCAGCAUGGGUUGGGCGGGCAGCAUGGGUUGGGCGGGCAGCAUGGGUUUGGGCGGGCAGCGGGCACAUGGGUCGGGCGGGCAGCAUUGGGUUGGGCGGGCAGCAUGGGUUGGGCGGGCAGCAUGGGUUGGGCGGGCAGCAUGGGUUGGGCGGGCAGCAUGGGUUGGGCGGGCAGCAUGGGUUGGGCGGGCAGCAUGGGUUGGGCGGGCAGCAUGGGUUGGGCGAGCAGCAUGGGUUGGGCGGGCAGCAUGGGUUGGGCGGGCAGCAUGGGUUGGGGCGGGCAGCAUGGGUCGGGCGGGCAGCAUGGGACGGGCGGGCAGCAUGGGUUGGUGCGGGCAGCAUGGGUUGGGCGGGCAGCAUGGGUUGGGCGGGCAGCAUGGGUUGGGCGGGGCAGCAUGGGUUGGGCGGGCAGCAUGGGUCGGGCGGGCAGCAUGGGUCGGGCGGGCAGCAUGGGUUGGGCGGGCAGCAUGGGUUGGGCGGGCAGCAUGGGUUGGGCGGGCAGCAUGGGUCGGGCGGGCAGCAUGGGUCGGGGCGGGCAGCAUGGGUCGGGCGGGCAGCAUGGGUUCGGGCGGGCAGCAUGGUUGGGCGGGCAGCAUGGGUUGGGCGGGCAGCAUGGGUUGGGCGGGCAGCAUGGGUUGGGCGGGCAGCAUGGGCUGGGCGGGCAGCAAUGGGUUGGGCGGGCAGCAUGGGUCGGGCGGGCAGCAUGGGUUGGGCGGGCAGCAUGGGUCGGGCGGGCAGCAUGGGUCGGGCGGGCAGCAUGGGUUGGGCGGGCAGCAUGGGUCGGGCGGGCAGCAUGGGUCGGGCGGGCAGCAUGGGUCGGGCGGGCAGCAUGGGUUGGGCGGGCAGCAUGGGUUGGGCGGGCAGCAUGGGUUGGGCGGGCAGCAUGGGUUGGGGCGGGCAGCAUGGGUUGGGCGGGCAGCAUGGGUUGGGCGGGCAGCAUGGGUCGGGCGGGCAGCAUGGGUCGGGCGGGCAGCAUGGGUCGGGCGGGCAGCAUGGGUUGGGCGGGCAGCAUGGGGUUGGGCGGGCAGCAUGGGUUGGGCGGGCAGCAUGGGUUGGGCGGGCAGCAUGGGUUGGGCGGGCAGCAGGGUCGGGCGGGCAGCAUGGGUUUGGGCGGGCAGCAUGGGUUGGGCGUGCAGCAUGGGUCGGGCGGGGCAGCAUGGGUUUGGGCGGGCAGCAUGGGUUGGGCGGGCAGCAUGGGUUGGGCGGCAGCAUGGGUUGGGCGGGGCAGCAUGGGUUGGCGGCAGCAUGGUUGGGCGGGCAGCAUUGGGUUGGGCGGGCAGCAUGGGUUGGGCGGGCAGCAUGGGUUGGGCGGGCAGCAUGGGUUGGGGCGGGCAGCAUGGUUUGGGCGGGCAGCAUGGGUUGGGCGGGGCAGCAUGGGUCGGGCGGGCAGCAUGGGUCGGGCGGGCAGCAUGGGUUGGGCGGCAGCAUGGGUCGGGCGGGCAGCAUGGGUUGGGCGGCAGCAUGGGUUGGGCGGGCAGCAUGGGUCGGCGGGCAAGGCAUAGGGUCGGGCGGGGCAGCAUGGGUCGGGGCGCAGGGGGCAGCAUGGGUUGGGCGGGCAGCAUGGGUUGGGCGGGCAGCAUGGGUUGGGGCGGCAGCAUGGGUUGGGCGGGCAGCAUGGGUCGGGCGGGCAGCAUUGGUCGGGCGGGCAGCAUGGGUUGGGCGGGCAGCAUGGGUUGGGCGGGCAGCAUGGGUUUGGGCGGGGCAGCAUGGGUUGGGGCGGGCAGCAUGGGUUGGGGCCGGGGCAGCAUGGGUUGGGCGGGCAGCAUGGGUUUGGGCGGGCAGCAUGGGUUGGGCGGGCAGCAUGGGUUGGGCGGGCAGCAUGGGUUGGGCGGGCAGCAUGGGGUCGGGCGGGCAGCAAUGGGACGGGCGGGCAGCAUGGGUUGGGCGGGCAGCAUGGGUUGGGCGGGCAGCAUGGGUUGGGCGGGGCAGCAUGGGUUGGGCGGGCAGCAUGGGUUGGGCGGGCAGCAUGGGUCGGGCGGGCAGCAUGGGUCGGCGGGCAGCAUGGGUUGGGCGGGCAGCAUGGGUUGGGCGGGCAGCAUGGGUUGGGCGGGCAGCAUGGGUCGGCGCGGCAGCAUGGGCUGGGCGGCAGCAUGGGUUGGGGCGGGCAGCAUGGGUCGGGCGGCAGCAUGGGUGGGGCGGGCAGCAUGGGUCGGGCGGGCAGCAUGGGUCGGGCGGGCAGCAUGGGUUGGGCGGGCAGCAUGGGUCGGGCGGGCAGCAUGGGUCGGGCGGGCAGCAUGGGUCGGGCGGGCAGCAUGGGUUGGGCGGGCAGCAUGGGUUGGGCGGGCAGCAUGGGUUGGGCGGGCAAGCAUGGGUUGGGCGGGCAGCAUGGGUUGGGCGGCAGCAUGGGUCGGGCGGGCAGCAUGGGUCGGGCGGGCAGCAUGGGUUGGGCGGGCAGCAUGGGUUGGGCGGGCAGCAUGGGUUGUGGCGGGCAGCAUGGGUUGGGCGGGCAGCAUGGGUUGGGGCGGGCAGCAUGGGUUGGGCGGGCAGCAUGGGUUGGGCGGGCAGCAUGGGUUGGGCGGGCAGCAUGGGUUGGGCGGGCAGCAUGGGUUGGGCGGGAAGCAUGGGUCGGGCGGGCAGCAUGGGUUGGGCGGGCAGCAUGGGUCGGGCGGGCAGCAUGGGUUGGGCGGGCAGCAUGGGUUGGGCGGGCAGCAUGGGUCGGGCGGGCAGCAUGGGUCGGGCGGGCAGCAUGGGUUGGGCGGGCAGCAUGGGUUGGGCGGGCAGCAUGGGUUGGGCGGGCAGCAUGGGUUGGGCGGGCAGCAUGGGUUGGGCGGGCAGCAUGGGUUGGGCGGGCAGCAUGGGUCGGGCGGGCAGCAUGGGGUCGGGCGGGCAGCAUGGGUUGGGCGGGCAGCAUGGGUUGGGCGGGCAGCAUGGGUCGGGCGGGCAGCAUGGGUCGGGCGGGCAGCAUGGGUUGGGCGGGCAGCAUGGGUUGGGGCGGGCAGCAUGGGUUGGGCGGGCAGCAUGGGUUGGGGCGGGCAGCAUGGGUUGGGGCGGGCAGCAUGGGUUGGGCGGGCAGCAUGGGUUGGGCGGGCAGCAUGGGUCGGGCGGGCAGCAUGGGUCGGGCGGGCAGCAUGGGUUGGGCGGGCAGCAUGGGUUGGGCGGGCAGCAUGGGUUGGGCGGGCAGCAUGGGUUGGGCGGGCAGCAUGGGUUGGGCGGGCAGCAUGGGUUGGGCGGGCAGCAUGGGUUGGGCGGGCAGCAUGGGUUGGGCGGGCAGCAUGGGUUGGGCGGGCAGCAUGGGUUGGGCGGGCAGCAUGGGUCGGGCGGGCAGCAUGGGACGGGCGGGCAGCAUGGGUUGGGCGGGCAGCAUGGGUUGGGCGGGCAGCAUGGGUUGGGCGGGCAGCAUGGGUUGGGCGGGCAGCAUGGAUUGGGCGGGCAGCAUGGGUUGGGCGGGCAGCAUGGGUUGGGCGGGCAGCAUGGGUUGGGCGGGCAACAUGGGUUGGGCGGGCAGCAUAGCAUGGGUCGGGCGGGCAGCAUGGGUUGGGCGGGCAGCAUGGGUUGGGCGGGCAGCAUGGGUCGGGCGGGGCAGCAUGGGUCGGGCGGGAAGCAUGGGUCGGGCGGGCAGCAUGGGUUGGGCGGGCAGCAUGGGUUGGGCGGGCAGCAUGGGUUGGGCGGGCAGCAUGGGUCGGGCGGGCAGCAUGGGUCGGGCGGGCAGCAUGGGUUGGGCGGGCAGCAUGGGUUGGGCGGGCAGCAUGGGUUGGGCGGGCAGCAUGGGUUGGGCGGGCAGCAUGGGUUGGGCGGGCAGCAUGGGUUGGGCGGGCAGCAUGGGUUGGGCGGGGCAGCAAUGGGUUGGGCGGGCAGCAUGGGUUGGGCGGGCAGCAUGGGUUGGGCGGGCAGCAUGGGUUGGGCGGGCAGGCAUGGGUUGGGCGGGCAGCAUGGGUUGGGCGGGCAGCAUGGGUUGGGCGGGCAGCAUGGGUUGGGCGGGCAGCAUGGAUUGGGCGGGCAGCAUGGGUUGGGCGGGCAGCAUGGGUUGGGCGGGCAGCAUGGGUUGGGCGGGCAGCAUGGGACGGGCAGCAUGGGUUGGGCGGGCAGCAUGGGUGGGCGGGCAGCAUGGGUUUGGGCGGGCAGCAUGGGUUGGGCGGGCAGCAUGGGUUGGGCUGGCAGCAUGGGUUGGGCGGGCAGCAUGGGUUGGGCGGGCAGCAUGGGUCGGGCGGCAGCAUGGGUUUGGGCGGGCAGCAUGGUUGGGCGGGCAGCAUGGGUUGGGGCGGGCAGCAAUGGGUUGGGCGGGCAGCAUGGGUUGGGGCGGGCAGCAUGGGUUGGGCGGGGCAGCAUGGGUUGGGCGGGCAACAUGGGUUGGGCGGGCAGCAUAGGUUGGGCGGGCAGCAUGGGUUGGGCGGGCAGCAUGGGUCAGGGCGGGCAGCAUGGGUUGGGCGGGCAGCAUGGUCGGGCGGGCAGCAUGGUUGGGCGGCAGCAUGGGUUGGGGCGGGCAGCAUGGGUCGGGCGGGCAGCAUGGGUCGGGCGGGAAGCAUGGGUCGGGCGGGCAGCAUGGUUGGGCGGGCAGCAUGGGUUGGGCGGCAGCAUGGGUUGGGCGGGCAGCAUGGGUCGGGCGGGCAGCAUGGGACGGGCAGGCAGCAUGGGUUGGGCGGGCAGCAUGGGUUGGGGCGGGCAGCAUGGGUUGGGCGGGCAGCAUGGGUUGGGCGGGCAGCAUGGAUUGGGCGGGCAGCAUGGGUUGGGCGGGCAGCAUGGGUUGGGCGGGCAGCAUGGGUUGGGCGGGCAACAUGGGUUGGGCGGGCAGCAUAGGUUGGGCGGGCAGCAUGGGUUGGGCGGGCAGCAUGGGUCGGGCGGGCAGCAUGGGUUGGGCGGGCAGCAUGGGUCGGGCGGGCAGCAUGGGUUGGGCGGGCAGCAUGGGUUGGGCGGGCAGCAUGGGUCGGGCGGGCAGCAUGGGUCGGGCGGGAAGCAUGGGUCGGGCGGGCAGCAUGGGUUGGGCGGGCAGCAUGGGUUGGGGCGGGCAGCAUGGGUUGGGCGGGCAGCAUGGGUCGGGCGGGCAGCAUGGGUCGGGCGGGCAGCAUGGGUUGGGCGGGCAGCAUGGGUUGGGCGGGCAGCAUGGGUUGGGCGGGCAGCAUGGGUUGGGCGGGCAGCAUGGGUUGGGCGGGCAGCAUGGGUUGGGCGGGCAGCAUGGGUUGGGCGGGCAGCAUGGGUUGGGCGGGCAGCAUGGGUCGGGCGGGCAGCAUGGGACGGGCGGCAGCAAUGGGUUGGGCGGGCAGCAUGGGUUGGGCGGGCAGCAUGGGUUGGGCGGGCAGCAUGGGUUGGGCGGGCAGCAUGGGUUGGGCGGGCAGCAUGGGUCGGGCGGGCAGCAUGGGUCGGGCGGGCAGCAUGGGUUGGGCGGGCAGCAUGGGUUGGGCGGGCAGCAUGGGUUGGGCGGGCAGCAUGGGUUGGGCGGGCAGCAUGGGCUGGGGCGGGCAGCAUGGGUUGGGCGGGCAGCAUGGGUCGGGCGGGCAGCAUGGGUGGGGCGGGCAGCAUGGGUCGGGCGGGCAGCAUGGGUCGGGCGGGCAGCAUGGGUUGGGCGGGCAGCAUGGGUCGGGCGGGCAGCAUGGGUCGGGCGGGCAGCAUGGGAACGGGCGGGCAGCAUGGGUUGGGCGGGCAGCAUGGGUUGGGCGGGCAGCAUGGGUUGGGCGGGCAGCAUGGGUUGGGCGGGCAGCAUGGAUUGGGCGGGCAGCAUGGGUUGGGCGGGCAGCAUGGGUUGGGCGGGCAGCAUGGGUUGGGCGGGCAACAUGGGUUGGGCGGGCAGCAUAGGUUGGGCGGGCAGCAUGGGUUGGGCGGGCAGCAUGGGUCGGGCGGGCAGCAUGGGUUGGGCGGGCAGCAUGGGUCGGGCGGGCAGCAUGGGUUGGGCGGGCAGCAUGGGUUGGGCGGGCAGCAUGGGUCGGGCGGGCAGCAUGGGUCGGGCGGGAAGCAUGGGUCGGGCGGGCAGCAUGGGUUGGGCGGGCAGCAUGGGUUGGGCGGGCAGCAUGGGUUGGGCGGGCAGCAUGGGUCGGGCGGGCAGCAUGGGUCGGGCGGGCAGCAUGGGUUGGGCGGGCAGCAUGGGUUGGGCGGGCAGCAUGGGUUGGGCGGGCAGCAUGGGUUGGGCGGGCAGCAUGGGUUGGGCGGGCAGCAUGGGUUGGGCGGGCAGCAUGGGUUGGGCGGGCAGCAUGGGUUGGGGCGGGCAGCAUGGGUUGGGCGGGCAGCAUGGGUUGGGCGGGCAGCAUGGGUUGGGCGGGCAGCAUGGGUUGGGCGGGCAGCAUGGGUUGGGCGGGCAGCAUGGGUUUGGGCGGGCAGCAAUGGGUUGGGCGGGCAGCAUGGAUUGGGCGGGCAGCAUGGGUUGGGCGGGCAGCAUGGGUUGGGCGGGCAGCAUGGGUUGGGCGGGGCAGCAUGGCAUGGGUUGGGCGGGCAGCAUGGGUUGGGCGGGCAGCAUGGGUUGGGCGGGCAGCAUGGGUUGGGCGGGCAGCAUGGGUCGGGCGGGCAGCAUGGGUUGGGCGGGCAGCAUGGGUUGGGCGGGCAGCAUGGGUUGGGCGGGCAGCAUGGGUUGGGCGGGCAGCAUGGGUUGGGCGGGCAGCAUGGGUUGGGCGGGCAGCAUGGGUUGGGCGGGCAACAUGGGUUGGGCGGGCAGCAUAGGUUGGGCGGGCAGCAUGGGUUGGGCGGGCAGCAUGGGUCGGGCGGGCAGCAUGGGUUGGGCGGGCAGCAUGGGUCGGGCGGGCAGCAUGGGUUGGGCGGGCAGCAUGGGUUGGGCGGGCAGCAUGGGUCGGGCGGGCAGCAUGGGUCGGGCGGGAAGCAUGGGUCGGGCGGGCAGCAUGGGUUGGGCGGGCAGCAUGGGUUGGGCGGGCAGCAUGGGUUGGGCGGGCAGCAUGGGUCGGGCGGGCAGCAUGGGACGGGCAGGCAGCAUGGGUUGGGCGGGCAGCAUGGGUUGGGCGGGCAGCAUGGGUUGGGCGGGCAGCAUGGGUUGGGCGGCAGCAUGGAUUGGGCGGGCAGCAUGGGUUGGGCGGGCAGCAUGGGUUGGGCGGGCAGCAUGGGUUGGGCGGGCAACAUGGGUUGGGCGGGCAGCAUAGGUUGGGCGGGCAGCAUGGGUUGGGCGGGCAGCAUGGGUUGGGCGGGCAGCAUGGGUCGGGCGGGCAGCAUGGGUUGGGCGGGCAGCAUGGGUCGGGCGGGCAGCAUGGGUUGGGCGGGCAGCAUGGGUUGGGCGGGCAGCAUGGGUCGGGCGGGCAGCAUGGGUCGGGCGGGAAGCAUGGGUCGGGCGGGCAGCAUGGGUUGGGCGGGCAGCAUGGGUUGGGCGGGCAGCAUGGGUUGGGCGGGCAGCAUGGGUCGGGCGGGCAGCAUGGGUCGGGCGGGCAGCAUGGGUUGGGCGGGCAGCAUGGGUUGGGCGGGCAGCAUGGGUUGGGCGGGCAGCAUGGGUUGGGCGGGCAGCAUGGGUUGGGCGGGCAGCAUGGGUUGGGCGGGCAGCAUGGGUUGGGCGGGCAGCAUGGGUUGGGCGGGCAGCAUGGGUUGGGCGGGCAGCAUGGGUUGGGCGGGCAGCAUGGGUUGGGCGGGCAGCAUGGGUUGGGCGGGCAGCAUGGGUUGGGCGGGCAGCAUGGGUUGGGCGGGCAGCAUGGAUUGGGCGGGCAGCAUGGGUUGGGCGGGCAGCAUGGGUUGGGCGGGCAGCAUGGGUUGGGCGGGCAGCAUGGGUCGGGCGGGCAGCAUGGGUUGGGCGGGCAGCAUGGGUUGGGCAGGCAGCAUGGGUUGGGCGGGCAGCAUGGGUUGGGCGGGCAGCAUGGGUUGGGCGGGCAGCAUGGGUUGGGCGGGCAGCAUGGGUUGGGCGGGCAGCAUGGGUCGGGCGGGCAGCAUGGGUUGGGCGGGCAGCAUGGGUUGGGCGGGCAGCAUGGGUUGGGCGGGCAGCAUGGGUUGGGCGGGCAGCAUGGGUUGGGCGGGCAGCAUGGGUUGGGCGGGCAGCAUGGGUUGGGCGGGGCAACAUGGGUUGGGCGGGCAGCAUAGGUUGGGCGGGCAGCAUGGGUUGGGCGGGCAGCAUGGGUCGGGCGGGCAGCAUGGGUUGGGCGGGCAGCAUGGGUCGGGCGGGCAGCAUGGGUUGGGCGGGCAGCAUGGGUUGGGCGGGCAGCAUGGGUCGGGCGGGCAGCAUGGGUCGGGCGGGAAGCAUGGGUCGGGCGGGCAGCAUGGGUUGGGCGGGCAGCAUGGGUUGGGCGGGCAGCAUGGGUUGGGCGGGCAGCAUGGGUCGGGCGGGCAGCAUGGGUCGGGCGGGCAGCAUGGGUCGGGCGGGCAGCAUGGGUUGGGCGGGCAGCAUGGGUUGGGCGGGCAGCAUGGGUUGGGCGGGCAGCAUGGGUUGGGCGGGCAGCAUGGGCUGGGCGGGCAGCAUGGGUUGGGCGGGCAGCAUGGGUCGGGCGGGCAGCAUGGGUGGGGCGGGCAGCAUGGGUCGGGCGGGCAGCAUGGGUCGGGCGGGCAGCAUGGGUUGGGCGGGCAGCAUGGGUCGGGCGGGCAGCAUGGGUCGGGCGGGCAGCAUGGGUCGGGCGGGCAGCAUGGGUUGGGCGGGCAGCAUGGGUUGGGCGGGCAGCAUGGGUUGGGCGGGCAGCAUGGGUUGGGCGGGCAGCAUGGGUUGGGCGGGCAGCAUGGGUCGGGCGGGCAGCAUGGGUCGGGCGGGCAGCAUGGGUUGGGCGGGCAGCAUGGGUUGGGCGGGCAGCAUGGGUUGGGCGGGCAGCAUGGGUUGGGCGGGCAGCAUGGGUUGGGCGGGCAGCAUGGGUUGGGCGGGCAGCAUGGGUUGGGCGGGCAGCAUGGGUUGGGCGGGCAGCAUGGGUUGGGCGGGCAGCAUGGGUUGGGCGGGAAGCAUGGGUCGGGCGGGCAGCAUGGGUUGGGCGGGCAGCAUGGGUCGGGCGGGCAGCAUGGGUUGGGCGGGCAGCAUGGGUUGGGCGGGCAGCAUGGGGUCGGGCGGGCAGCAUGGGUCGGGCGGGCAGCAUGGGUUGGGCGGGCAGCAUGGGUUGGGCGGGCAGCAUGGGUUGGGCGGGCAGCAUGGGUUGGGCGGGCAGCAUGGGUUGGGCGGGCAGCAUGGGUUGGGCGGGCAGCAUGGGUCGGGCGGGCAGCAUGGGUCGGGCGGGCAGCAUGGGUUGGGCGGGCAGCAUGGGUUGGGCGGGCAGCAUGGGUCGGGCGAUGA